AUGCCCAUGUACCUCGGCGUCGCUGCCAUCGGCGGAGCUGGCUACUAUCUCUACGGCGCCGGCGGCAAUGCAAAGGCAGCCGAGAAGAAGUUUGAAAGUGACAUGGACAGAGCCUCCGGCAAAAUCAGGGCCAAGCUCCCCGGCGAGACUCCCGACGCCGAAAAGAACCUCAAGGGCUACGGCCAAGAAGCCGGCGCAAAGAUUGACAAGGCUUUUGCCGACGCAGACAAAGAAGCAACCAAGCUCAGGAAGAACACCGAAGCAUACGCCAAGGACGCCAAAGCUGAAGCUCUAAAAGCCGUCGACAAGUUUGACCAGAAAGUGGAACAAGGCGCCUCCAAAGCCAAGAGCGGCAUCUCUGGCUGGUUUGGAGGGAGCAGCAAGUGA